CGCAAGUCAUAUUAUGGUUUUGGUGCUUCAUCCUUAUUCUCUUCGUUCCGCGAAACGGUGAGCGAGCGAUUCAUCGACUUCCCCUCUUUUCUUCUCCGUCACCUUCUUCUCCUCCAUUCAAUUCAUCACCGAUUGCAUCGAAUUUCGCCCAUAAAUUUUAUUAGCUUGCUUGUUAAACAGUGAGUUGCUGAAAGCCACAUUAUUCCUUUUGGCCGUAAGCUGAUGGACAAGGGACCACCUCCUACCCUCUUUGUCAACGAUGGUUCAUUUAUGGAGAGGUUUAGGCAGCUCCAACAAGAGCAGGAGAAGGGAAAAAAUUCCAAGCCUGAGGAAUCUAAACCAGUUAAAGUUGUUUCAGGAUCUCUGAAUCCUAAACCCUCCAUUAGUAAAGCUAAUGAUGCUAAGAAAUCUUCCCAGGGUAGUUCCAGUGGCAAACUUGCUUUCAGCUUGAAACAAAAGUCAAAGCUUGUGCCGGCCCCUGUUAAGUUGGCUGAUGACGAUGAAGAUGAAAUAGAUGCUGGUUAUGUUUCAAACGAUGCACCUACAAAACGACAAAAAUUGGUUCAGGAUGAUGGCAUUGAGCAAGUAUCAAGACAACUUGAUGUUGCACCUCCUCCUCCUCCCAGUGAUCCUACAGUGAAGAAAGUUGCUGACAAACUUGCAAGUUUUGUGGCUAAAAAUGGAAGGCCAUUUGAGGAUGUUACACGGCAAAAAAACCCUGGGGAUACACCUUUCAAGUUUUUAUUUGAUGUUAAAUCUUCUGAGUAUAAAUAUUAUGAACAUCGGCUUGCUCAAGAGGAGAAGGCCCUUUCACAGUCCAAGGAACCACAGGCAAAUCAAAAUGUGGGGACAAGCAUUCCAUCUUCCAGACCAACCAAUGGUCCUCAGAGAUCAUCCCAGCAACAUUCAGCUUACCAAAUCCCUGCCUCUGCUUUAUACGAUAGUGUUGAAGUGUCAAGGGCUUCUGGAUCUUCAGCAUUUUCAGUUGGAAGCUCGGAUGAGCCCGGUGGAUCAACAAGUGCCAGUUCUUUAGCCCUAAUGGAGUUUUACAUGAAGAAAGCCGCACAGGAAGAAAAGUUCAAACAACCUAAGCAUUCAAAAGAUGAGAUGCCUCCUCCUCCUUCUCUUCAAGUUUCAACUUUUGAUGCAUCUGCUUCAGGGAAAAAGGGCCAUCACAUGGGUGAUUAUAUUCCUCAGGAAGAACUUGAAAAGUUCUUGGCUAGCUGUAACGACGCAGCAGCAAUGAAAGCUGCCAAGGAGGCUACAGAGAAGGCCAAAAUUCAGGCGGAUAAUGUGGGCCACAGGCUUUUAUCAAAAAUGGGUUGGAAAGAAGGUGAGGGACUAGGUGGCUCUAGGAAGGGUAUUUCAGAUCCUAUCAUGGCAGGCAAUGUGAAGAAAGAUAACUUGGGGGUAGGUGCUGUCCAACCUGGAGAAGUGACUCCUGAAGAUGACAUCUAUGAGCAGUACAAAAAGAGGAUGAUGCUUGGCUACCGUCACAGACCGAAUCCUCUGAACAAUCCUCGCAAGGCUUACUAUUGAACAAACAUCACAGGAAACCUUAUGUUUAAGUUUAUUAUAGGGAAAGUAUCCCUUUUAGAUGUUAGAUGGAUUGGUGCACUGGUUGCUGGAUUUUGUGAACGUUUGUGCUUUAUAGCUGAUUUUUGCUUUUUUGGAACAUCAGAUUCUUCUUUUGCAUUUAUGAGGGAGAGACAUGCCCUUCAUUACCAUUAUCACAUGUUUAGCUAACACAAAAUAAUGUUUAUUGUACUGUUUAAACUUUUGGAAUGUGUUAUUAUUAUUGGCCAUCAUUAAUGAAAGGCUUGUUCAUCUCAAGAACUUGCUUGUUGA